AUGGCAUUAACAAGUUAUUUUUUUCUUCACUUAUGGCGUUUUCAUAUUGAAACUCUUCAUCAAAAAUAUUCCAACUAUGUAUCUAUCAGGCAAAAUUUUCUAUCUGACCAAAGUUUUGCUAUUUUUACUUCUCUUUGUGAAUCAAUGGUAUUACUUGUAAAAGCUCACCGAGAUUACUAUCCUCAAAUGCCUUUUCUUCAUUGGUUACAUAAAUCUGAAUCAUGUGAACACUUCUUUGGUGUGGCAAGACAGAUUAAUUCAGAUUUUGAUUUUUCUGAACUUAUUCAGAUGUUGCCUAAGAUUUCACAAUAUACAAAGGCCUUACGAAAUAAAAAGUUAAGUUUUAAUAAGGAAAGAUCAGUACGUGAAGGGUAUCUUUUUGACUAUACCUCUGAUGAAUUGGACAAACUAUCCAUAGAUAAACUCCGCUUAUGGCCUGAUGAUGAGCAAAUACUGAAAAUUAUUCAACAUUCACGCUGUCUUGCACGGGACCUUGCAGAAUAUGUUGGCAUAAUACAACCAUCUGAUAUUUCUAUUGAAAUAUUUGUUCCGCAAAUCUUUGUUGAAUCACAUGAAGUUGAUGUUUCAAGCUCUAGUAUUGAAAAGCAAUCUAAUGAAUCCAACAAUGAAAAUAUUGAUAAUGAAGAGUACGAUUUAUCAUCUGCUAUUGGUGAAGCUUCUUCAGAAAUGAGACGAAUUAUUAUUGAAACUGGUAAUGAGGAACAAGAUUCUAAUAAUAAUUUUAUUAAAGGUCAUUCUCAGUUAAAUGAAAUUAGCACAGGUCGAAGGGGCACCAUUGUCCAAAAUUCAAAAAAUGCAAAUUCCCCAUUUUCCUGGAAAAUGGUGGGAAAUUGUGAAAAAUGCUGCAUUACGCUGAGCAAUUUUUUGGAAUAGCAUUGUUACAACAUUGUCCGAUUUAGCAAAUCUUAUAAAAUUUUAGGAAAAUGCUACAUUAUAUCUCAAAUGUAACAUUUUUGUAACAUUUCGUAACAUUGUUAUAACAUUGUCAUUAAAAUCAAAUUUUGCUUUUUUUUUGUAAAAUGUUCCAAUUUUCUUGCAAAUGGUGCAUUUUUAUGAAAAUUUCACAUUUUACCUCAAAUGUAAUAACAUUUAAUAAAAUUGUUAUAACAUUGUCAAUUAAAAUCAAAUUUUGCUUUUUUUUUGU